CCCUUCAAUGCUGAGGGCUCCCACACCACCUGCAGCCAGCUUUUAAAGCAAGACUUUUAAUAAAAUCACUUUAUGUCAUUACUCUUCCAUUUAUGACAGCAGGAGUUUGGGACUGAGUAAGAGGAGCGGAAAUUUUCCCAGCAGAAUUUGCUCUGAAUCAGACUUCAAAGUGGAGCCUAGCACAGGUUGGAAUGAAUGCAGGAGAGAUUCAUCAGGUUGUGUCUGCUCCACACCUUAAUUAGAAAUAACUGCAUACCGUGGAGUCUACACUACCCUUUACAUAGCAGAAUAAGUUCCUUCAUUUCACAGCUCCACAUCCACCAUGUUGCCCUGUGGACCAGCUCUGUCCUUUAUUCGGUGUCUGGUGCGGAAGAAGAACAUCGGUGGCGAAAGUCUCGAGGACUCCAAGCUGUGCCGAUGCUUAUCCACACUGGACCUUAUAGCCCUGGGAGUAGGAAGUACCCUUGGUGCUGGUGUCUAUGUCCUUGCUGGAGAAGUAGCCAAAUCCAAUUCUGGACCUAGCAUCGUUGUUUCUUUCCUCAUUGCUGCCCUUGCAUCGGUGAUGGCAGGUCUCUGCUACGCCGAGUUUGGUGCUCGUGUUCCCAAGACUGGUUCUGCAUAUUUGUACACCUACGUUACAGUAGGUGAACUGUGGGCUUUCAUCACUGGCUGGAACCUUGUUUUAUCCUAUAUUAUAGGUACUUCAAGUGUAGCAAGAGCCUGGAGUGGCACCUUUGAUGAACUUCUUGGAAAACGGAUUGGUCAUUUCUUCAGUGCCUACUUCAAAAUGAAUUACUCGGGGCUAGCAGAAUAUCCUGAUUUCUUUGCUGUGUUCCUUAUAUUACUUUUAUCAGGUCUUUUAUCUUUUGGAGUAAAAGAGUCUGCAUGGGUGAAUAAAAUUUUCACUGCUAUUAACAUCUUGGUCCUACUCUUCGUUAUGAUUUCUGGUUUUGUGAAAGGUGAAGUUGACAACUGGAAGAUAAGUGAAGAAUAUCUCAGAAACCUUACUGCAAUAACAGAGAACCGCUCAUCCUAUGAAAAUGUGACAAGUAUGUAUGGGAGUGGUGGCUUUAUGCCAUACGGUUUCACAGGAACAUUGGCUGGUGCUGCAACCUGUUUUUAUGCUUUUGUUGGAUUUGACUGCAUUGCAACAACUGGAGAAGAAGUCAAGAAUCCUCAGAAAGCUAUACCCAUAGGAAUUGUGGUGUCCCUACUUGUCUGCUUCAUGGCCUAUUUUGGAGUUUCAGCUGCACUGACACUUAUGAUGCCAUACUAUCUGCUAGAUGAGAAAAGUCCUCUGCCAGUAGCAUUUGAAUAUGUUGGAUGGGGUCCUGCUAAAUACCUUGUAGCAGUGGGAUCCCUCUGUGCUUUGUCUACAAGUCUUCUUGGAUCCAUUUUCCCAAUACCACGUGUAAUCUAUGCUAUGGCGAAGGAUGGGUUGCUUUUCAAAUGUCUAGCUCAAAUCAAUUCCAAAACGAAGACCCCACUAGUUGCUACUCUAUCGUCUGGUGCAGUAGCAGCUGUAAUGGCAUUUCUGUUUGACCUAAAGGCUUUAGUGGACAUGAUGUCUAUUGGCACACUUCUUGCUUAUUCACUUGUGGCAACCUGUGUCCUCAUUCUUAGGUACCAACCCACCUAUGAGGAACCAAAAUACUCUCCAGAAAAAGCAGCUUUGGCUGCAGCUGAAAGGGAAUCUGCAGUAAGUGAGUCACAGAUCAACAUGAUAGAAGAGAAUCGCUUCCGUCCUCAGGCCUUGAUUAAUCCAUCCAGUUUACCGACUGAGCAGACUGCAGCUAUAGUUAACUUUUUAGUGGGUCUCUUAGCUUGCUUGAUUUGUGGCUUGAGUGUCCUCAUUACAUAUGGGAUUCAUUUCAUUGUUGACUUGGAGCCCUGGAGUAUUGGCCUUCUUGCUUUGUUGGUGAUAUCCUUCAUAGUUACCAUUCUCCUCAUCCAAAGGCAGCCUCAGAACCAGCAGAAAGUAGCCUUUAUGGUUCCACUAUUGCCAUUUUUGCCAUCAUUCAGUAUACUGGUAAAUAUUUACUUGAUGGUACAAUUAAGUGGAGAGACUUGGAUGAGAUUUAGCUUCUGGAUGUUACUUGGCUUCCUCAUUUACUUCGCUUAUGGCAUCAGACACAGUGUUGAAGGUCAUCGAGGUGACAGAGAUGAUGAUUCUUGUUCAGAAAAUAGUGGGAUGCAAGAAAAGAACCCAGUGGAUGACCCUGAAAAUGCAAAUGAAAGGGAUCAAUUUCUCCCACAUGAAAGGACAAGUGAAUGCUAAACUCUGCAAACACAAAUAUUUUAAACGUUCAAUUGGCAUUUUACUUGCAGACUGAAAUUUCAGAAGCUUUCUGCCAACAUGUGCCUCUUGAAAGUGUUUACUACAGGCCUAACUGAUAUUCUGGACAAGCUGCUAAUCCAUCUUCAUCAUUUCAGAACUGACAGCAUGGAGAUUAUUAUUUAAUUUUUUUUUUAAGUACCCUUUGGCAAGCAAAAAUUUGGAGACAUUGUUUGAAUUGUCAUCCAAAAUCACUGGCAAUCAUCAGAUAUGAAGAAUUUUAGAACUGUCUGCAAGAAGUUCUGAAUAAUUGACAAUGCACUGUGAAAAUAAGUGCCUUUCAUACCUUUUCCUUAUCUUUGUUAUGUGUUUUGGUAACAAUCUAAAUUCUCUUUUUUCUGUUUAAGUAACUCAUGGGAGAUAAAUUUCAUUCAUACAGGCCUGGAAAGUAUUUGCAAAAUGAAUGGUAAUUGUAUGGAUUAGAUACUUUGUAAAAAUUAGAGGAGCAUUUAUUUAUGUAAAAAGAAGUAAUUGCUUAUCUUUACUAAUCAUGACUAUUAAUCCAUAGUCAUGAAGAAGUCAAGCAGUGAAGAUACUUCAAAGGUUUUUACCCCCUCUAAACAGCAUUCAAGAUUUCUACUUAAGUAGAAAAAAGCUAUGUGUAUAGAAUAAUACUCACAAGAGAAGCUUUUUUGUUUUCUGCAAAAUCAUCUGUUGGUUACAGUAUUGACAGUGGCAAUGAGAUGGAAUUUAGCAAAUUCUGUGCUUUUGACUUCAGAAGAGCUAGAAUUUCAUCUGACAUUUGGUACUUACCUGCAGCAGUCAUCCGGUUUUCCUCCUUACUACUCAUUUUCCCCAAUAUAUUUUCUCCUUUAUACAUGUUCCAGAACUGAUAUUGCUGAGAUUAGCAUUACACAUUGCUUCUCCCAAGACAAAUUAAUGCACAAAAUCCCAGCUUUCUUUAAAGAGGGUAGGGGAGGUUAAAAAAACAGAGGUUUGGGCUUUGGAAAAAAACCUUAUCGGAACAGUACUUCAGUGCUUCAUUUAGUCUUAAAGGUACGUUAGAGUAGCUUUUUUUUGUGAGCCAAGCCUAUACCCACAAAUCCAUUCAUGUGAGUAUGAUGUCUGAAUGCUAAUUUAUGUAAAGAACCAAACUGGUGUGGCAGUGCAGGGUAAACAAUUAUUUUAAUGCUGAUAAAACCAGAAAAUGUUCUUCUUUCAACAGAAGUCAUAUUAUCUGUCAAAGGCACCCCGAUAUUUUAACACUCUUUCUCAGCAAGGAGUAGGUUCAAGUCCCAUGAAGGAUUCCACAAUAUGAAGUCAUUUUGCAAGAAUAUGCUUACAAAAAAUCCUUCCCUAGAGUAAGAACUGUCUUGGACUUUGUCAUGUCAUGGAGAGUUGCAAUCUGUUGCUGGUACGAACCAUUGGUAUUAAUCUCUGUUGUUAGGUACAAGAACUUUAGAUGCUAUGACAGCUAUGUUGGCUGACAGUGAAGAACACCUUACUUUUUAUAAUAGCUGGAAUUUUAUGGGGAAAAAAAAAAAAAAAAAAAGAAAAAAAAAAAAAAAAGAAAAAGAAAAAGAAACCAAACUAGUUGGGCUGCUUCUGUCCCUCUCCUUUUUCAAAGCAGUAAGUCACUUUUUUUAAUCUUAAAAUUACUUCUUUCCCAGUAGUCUUAAAUCAUCAGCUUCAAAAAAAGCAAUUGUGGGAGAAAGUCAGCUGUGCCCAUGUGAAGAUUUUGCAUGAUGUCUUUACAAGCCUACAGUGAAACACGGCUCUUAACCACAUUUCAGCAUGUGGGAAGCACAGACUUACUUUUUGCUAUGGUUGUUGAUGCCACAGAGCAGGCCAGCCAUGCUCCCAAGACACAAACUGCUGCUAUUCUGUGAUGUGGAAGACUCCAUUCCCUCCCAAGUUCAUCAUAGAGAAUGUAUGUGUGCACACCUGUCUGUAUUAGCCCAUAGCAAAUCUGAUGUAAUGGUUAAAGUAUUUUCUAUAUUGCACUGGACUUUUCCUUUGAAGGGAUACUGCCAAUAUAAUUAGCUUCUGACUAAUACAACUGCUAGCUAAAGCCUCUGGAGAGAACUAAAGGAAGUAAAUUUUCUAGCUUAUUUACCUGAUGGAUGUGUUGGCACUUUGUGUAUUGACAGAUUCCCCUUUAAUUUGUAUGGAUAUUUCUCUCCCCUUGUUAGUGAAAUCAAUUAUUUUAAAAUAGUAGGAUGUGCCUGUACAAGUGUUGCUAAGAAAGAUGGGAGGAGCUGCAGCAUUAGAGCUAUCCACAUAACUAAUGACAUUUAAAAUGAAAUUAAAGGAAAGCCAUUGGUACUCUUAGUUGCUUCGACUGUGCAAAGCUUAUUUAUAUAUGUUUAUAGUCAUUAUUAGUCAGUGGCUGAAUGAAAACAGACAGGCCAGAAGUAAGAUAUUUAUGGUAAAUUUGAUGUGUAUUUGUAUAUGCAGUCUUAAAAUUCCAGGUGCUUUAGUGGGACUCUGCAGAAGCAGAGGAUGUGCCAUGCUAGUCCUUACACAGGAGAAAUAAACGCAAGAAAUCCUGAUCUUGCUCUCACAUUUGCUCUAUCUCUGUACGUACAAGUCCAUUGGAAUUAAAUCAUUGUUAUUUUUUAACACAGUUGUUGAUAUUGUAAAUUGUUCCAUGCAAAUAAUAAUGGUAUGUGUUAGUACAAAAUACCUACUUUUGAAGGUAGCUUAUUGGUUAUUUAUUUCCUUUGUAGAAAAAAGUUCUCAAAAACUUUAUUUGUUUUGGUACAUUCUGGAUAUGCCAUUAGGUAAAGAAAUUAUUCUUACGUAGCUAUCUUUAAGAAAGUAAGCCAAAGCAUAUUUAACAGAGAACAAAUAAAUCUUUUUGUUCUGAUGUACAGGUGUUAUAAACCACUUCUGAAUAAUUCAUGUUAACUCAUCUUUCUGUGGUAUUUCAGUCCUCGUUCUGCAAGGGGAAGUUUUAUGACAUAACUUAGUAUUCUGUUAAUAAUAGUAUGCCUUUUUCUGCACAACAAAUGCUAGACAGAUUCCUGAAAUCUGUCAUAUUGUGCUUAUCUUGCCAAAUAUUAAAGCCAUUUAUAUUACCUGCUGCUGGAGAACUAGCAGCAAUCAAUGCUGAUAGUACUGAUACAGAGUUACUUAUGUACUUAAGUAGGAAUUAACCUGUGUUGUCCAGAAACUUUGAAUGAUACAAUGAAUUUUGAGGCAAAACUUGGUAAAGCUUAAAUAUAUAUUCUGUAUUUUAAUACAUGACAAAUUUAUAAGUCUAGUCACCUUUCCCCUAAAAUAUAUGAAAAAUAUUCUGUAUUUAAGAAAUAUAAGGUAUAGUGUUUUCAUAGAAUUUUUAAUAAGUGCCAAUAUCAAUGUGCCCUAAGCAUCCUAAGGUGGUUGAGAGUGCAGGAAACCUGUGUGGGACUGUGCAAUUGGAUAUGAGGCGUUUGACACUGAGGCAUAUUUUUUACAAGAGAAAUUUGAUUCACAAGAAGGCUCGUAUGUCUUGAGUGCAUAAAAAAGAAAAUGAAAGCACCUUUUUAAUGCUCUUAGGCCCUAAUUCUUCCUCAACACGCUGGAAAGUCUGUAUGAAUUGCAGUAUGUUCACUAAGGCACUGAGGUUACUCAGUGUUAAGCAAAUAUAAAUUUUUCAGAAAGAGUGGGUGGUAUUUCAUAUCUUUGUGUUUGUUUUUAAUUUCCUGUAUCUUUAGAACUUCCUUCUGGUAUAUGUUUUGAGGAACUCUGCAUUUUUAAUAGUUGGACCUUUUCAAAGCUAAAUAUAACACCUUUACCAGGUACUAAUCUAUUUUCCAUUUGAUCUUAGAAAUGAAACUCCUUAACAUGAGCUAAGUUGAAGGAUUUCUGUGCAUAGACAUGCAGGCAUGCAUUACAAAGAAGUGUAUGUGUAUAAACAUAUUUUUUAUUGUCAGACAAAUUCUGUUGGUUUUUUGGUAUGUUUUCAUGAGUCUUGUGCAAGGUCAACUCCAGCUUCACCAAGUUUAGUUGGAGUCAGAAUAUGAGGAUUUGAAUAUUUAGGGGAGCUUUUUUCUUUUGUGGUACCAGAAAGUAAAACAUGACAUAUGUGUUACAUAUCCUUAAAAACAAUUAUGUGUGCAUCAUUUUAAAAAAACAGCAUUCAUAUCCAUCUUUUCUUUUUGUUUGUAUGUACAUUUUAGUAAUUAUUUCUGUAUUGUAUGCUGCUGAGCAUUCGAAGUGUAGAUAGGAUGAUUAUGAUGCAAUUUAAACUACAAAUCUGUAUUUCUUUGAAGUGCUCUACCAAAAUGAAAAGUCUUGAAUUUUUAUGAAUGUAAAAAUGCUUGUAUUUAAGAAUAUGGUGCUUUUCCCCCACUUUACAACAGAAUUGUUAUCAGUGAUAUUUUUAGUUACCUUAGUUUUAAAUUUUAAUGGAAAUUACAUUGCUCCUUAUUUACUGUAAAAUGUGCUUUGUGGGAUAACAAUAGUGCAUUUGUUCCAUAUUUUUUAAAUAAAAUUGAAUAUCACUUGCA